GCCCGAGCCGCCGCCGCAGUCACAGCCGCGGGCACUAUGGCCCGCAGAGUUGACACAAUACAGAAGGUAUUUGUGCUGCUGCUCCUGAAGCUCUGACAUCACCCAGUGAAAUAGGAAAACAUCUCAGGGAUGGGACAAGUUGUGUCCGUCCCUUCCUCGCCCCCUUCCGCAUCUGGAGUUACAGUGAAUGACGAAGUCAUCAAAGUUUUUAAUGAUAUGAAAGUAAGGAAAUCUUCCACACAAGAGGAGAUCAAAAAAAGAAAGAAAGCAGUUCUCUUCUGUUUAAGUGAUGACAAAAGACAAAUCAUUGUAGAGGAAGCGAAGCAGAUCUUGGUGGGUGACAUUGGUGAGACUGUAGAGGACCCCUACACAUCCUUUGUGAAGUUGCUACCUCUGAAUGAUUGCCGAUAUGCUUUGUACGAUGCCACAUACGAAACAAAAGAGUCUAAGAAAGAAGACCUAGUAUUUAUAUUCUGGGCUCCUGAAAGUGCACCAUUAAAAAGCAAGAUGAUUUAUGCUAGCUCUAAAGAUGCCAUUAAAAAGAAAUUUACAGGUAUUAAACAUGAGUGGCAAGUAAAUGGCUUGGAUGAUAUUAAGGACCGUUCAACACUUGGAGAGAAAUUGGGAGGCAAUGUAGUAGUUUCACUUGAAGGAAAACCAUUAUAAAAUGAUAGUCAAGUGCCAGCUCAGUCCAUUGGAAUAGUAUUAGGUUUUGUGUUUUGUUUUUUCCCUUUUCCACUGGGCCCUUGCAACACAAUGAAUGAAGGAGAGAUCAUUCAUUUAAGCAGCCUGUCAGUGAUUGCCAUUAGACUGUUAAAUACAGUCACUUUUAUGCAGAACCCAAGGAAUGCCUUUGACUUAUUUUAGCCAAAACAACUGGUUCUAUGCCUCCCUUGCAGCAAGCACUAUGGUGAAUGUGAUUGUCAAUGUGAAUAGCUUAGAAUACUGCAAAGGGUAAGCAAAGUAAAUGCCUUGAAAGUAUUAUCCACUGGUCAGAUGGUAAACUUUUUUCCGUAUCAUUUAUAGUUGCACUUGAUUGCAGGUCUGUAAGGCGCUGGAGCAUUCAUACACCUUGCCUCCCUUGGACAGCCUAUUUUUGUGACAUGGCAGCACAGCUAUAACACUAUGCGUUAAAAGCACUUUUUUUGUAUUGAGUUGAGUCCCCUAAAAGGAAUGCCAAUUAAGUUCAUUAACUGUGUCAUCAAUUUACCCCAGUACCUCAGUGUUUGUUCCUGUUACCUGCAUAGCUUCUUAAGAGAGAGCUGUUAUUAAUGCCUUUUGUUUUCCAUUGAGUGUUCACUACUGAAUUAAGUGUAAGGGUUUUAUGUUUACCAAGUGAGCCUUGCAACGCUAUGGAUAUUUUGAAUAUCAGUCGUGAUGGCAAUUUCUGUAUUAAAGAGCCUUAAAUGGAACACUGUUUUGAGAUCAGAUCCCCACGCUCACAAAAAUGGCCACGUGGCAAUAAAAAUGGUGGCAUAUUACAGAAAGUUGCCUUGUUUUCCUUGGAAUUUUUGUGAAACAACUUUUAGGGUAAAUAGCUAUUAAUCUCUGUGAACUAGUCACUUGGGAAUUUUUUUGUACAACAUUCGUGCAUGAUAUUUUCUAGAGUUAUAGGAUUUCUUUGGAUUAAAAAUACUCUAUCCUAAAUUCACUUACUAGAGGAAUACCAUUAUUAGAGUGACACUUUUAUAAACAUGGUUAUUUCCUAAUGUGUUACUUUGGAGGUGGAGGUUUUUUUUUCACUUUGACACUUUUUUUUUUACAUACUCUUCAUUAUCUCAUUUGUUCUCUGGGUAAAUUAGGUGUUUCUUUUUAAUUCACAUUUACAUUUCUAAAUAUGUAAAAGCCGGAUGUUUUAUUGCUUAUUUGUUCAUAAUGGAAAUAAUUUGUAAAUGUCCUUCAAAGUUUAAUAAUUCUGAUGUUGAGGAAUGUAUAUUUCAGCUACUAUCUCUUCAUAUACUUUCAAAUUGAAUUGGAAACAGGAAUUGGUCUUGUAUUCUUAACCAUUCCUUGUGGGAUUUGGCUGUGGUCCAGAUUGCUCUCCUUAUAGAGAUUUUGAUCUCCUCAGUGUGAGCCAUUUGCUGUUAGCCAGAGCUAUUUAUGGCAAACACAUGCUUUUGUAUCUUGUCAUAGUUAUCCACAAAUGGCAAAACUGGACUUGAUUCUACUGGUAUGCAAAACAGACAUGCUAGUAAGCACUCAAUUGUGGCUCAGAAUUUUAACCCCAUAUCGCUGAAGAACUCUUUUUUAUCAGAAAAUGGGAAGUGUCCUUUUAUUUUAUUUUUUCUAAAUAUGUGAAAGUAGAUUUUUUUUUCCUCCCUAUAUACUUUAGGGAGAUUAUUCAGAUAAGAAUGUUAAAAAGAAGAGUUAAAUGUCUAGGCUUCUAUUGAAAAGCAUAUGUAUGACCUGGGAUCUUUUUUGCAUCGAGCAAUUUUAUUUCAGGCCUCCAGCUGUCUCUGAGUUGUCUGGGGCGUUUUGAUAAGGCCACUCUAAUAAGCAAAGCAUGAGAAUGCUUGUAAAUGCAUACACUGAACCAUAUGUGUAACUGAUACUUGCACCAAGGGAAUUGUCCAUUGAGUUACUCAUUCUUCUAAAAAUAUAAAGGUCUGCUUCAAAAAUCAGUUAUAUAACAUCUUUUGUCUUUAUCAGUGGUUUCUCAACUUCUACUCAGUAAUUUCAGAGAUCGGAUAUUAUUUUGAUAUUUUGACUAGCUAAGUUGACAAACUGAUACUAUUAUCUUUGAAAAACACAUCUUACAUAGAGCCAGAGAUGGUGAUUUAAUUCAUAACUGAUCACAGGAUUGGACAUUUGAAAUGAUCAUCUAUAUUUUACAAUCAUUUACAGUGAAACAAUGUUCCAGUUAGCUUUAAAAGACAUGGUGCUAAUUAGAAAAAUAUUGAGGGUAAUAUUUUACUGCUAGCUUACAAAAUCACGAAUGUUUAAAAAAAUAAACGUGAAAAUAUUUUAAACUGUU